UGUCUGUGGAUGUGUGUGGAGCUGGCUGCCUGGGUAGUCAGUGUAGGUGUCAUGACUACCUGACUCCAAAUACCGGCGCGGUGAACGGCCAGGGCAGGCAGGACCGGGCGCGGUCGACCCACCCCUUUACACAGGGUGAGUGUCGCGAGUAUAGCCUCCGGCGCUUUGGUAGAGUACCAUACACGAGUGUGAGUUGGGACGUGGUAACUGGCAUCCCUGUGUAGAGGCUACAGAGAGUGUCAGAGGCCGCUGAUCUCCAGUGACCCGUGACCUCACCAGGUCACAGAGGCAGAUAUGUCGAGGACCAUUCUGCUUCUUUUGGCUACUGCAGCUGUGCUACAACACGGUUCUACUCAGGACGACUAUAGCUAUUACGACGACAGCUACUACUACUACUACGAUAGUUCCUACGACUACUACAGCGACUACUAUAGCGACUACAGCUACAGCUACGACUAUAGCUACAGCUAUGAAGACGACACGACAACCGGCGAAGCAGCUGCCGCUGCUCCAGCCCAAACGACCAAAUCUACCGCGACUACAAAGGCGACCACAACAACCAAAAAGCCGACCAGCACAACCAAAACGACGACCACAACCAAAGCAGCGACUACGAAGCCAACAACUAAGGGAACCACGGCCAAGUCAAAUGUUCGGCCAAAAGCGGCCGCCAGUGGCCCUCAAAAAACGACACCAGGCGGUGGGGCCAGCGGUCUCCGGAGCUGCGGAGGUUACCAGAUCGAACUGCUGUUCGGGCUUCUGAUAUACCGGAUGGUGCACCAGUGAGCAAAACUCGCUAGCGUGAGCUUCUGUACACAUGUUGUCGAACAGCCAGUUAAAGCGUCCAUCCUAGAAAACUUGGCUACCCUAACUUGUGGUGUAAAAGGUCACAUUUCAGAGCUGUUGAUCUAUUUUUGACGAGUGGGCUACGCGUUCGGCUGUUUUUUUUCAUGUUUCGCUGCGGGCUAAAAAGUGAAAGAGGUGUAUUUUGACAAGUUAGCGUAAAUGUGCGUGACUCAAGUGUGUGUACGAAAGCACAACAUUUAUACAUCAAUCGCGAACUCAGACCGAUUGCGCUGGUGGUAGGUAUGCGAGAGAGGCUAAUAGUACCCAGAAGUGCAUAGUAAUUCUACUCGGACUUUGCUUGCAAUUAGAGCACAAAGCUGCGACCAGUUUGCAGCAUUACUGAGCACUUACAUAAAGAUAUGAGUCUCAAUAUGGAUUGGUUAUCGCAUCAAAUUUAAUAGUCAAUCAAAACAUCGGGCACUACAUUUGUUUUUAUAGGAAUCAUAAGUCAAUUAUUUUCUUUUUCGGUUAGGCCCAGUGUCCAUUGUAGAAAGGCAGCUGACAACUCAUGCAUAUGCUCUGUGUAUAUAAUUCUUUAUUGUCGAUCGCCAGACGGUAGACACGGCUGUCGUUUGUGCGAUGUGUACCAAAGCUCGAGACACUCGAGCCUAAUAACAGGUU